GGCACGGUGUUCACGUUUUCCCACGCGGAAAAGCUUUGCUUGAAUCUGGACCGACACGUUUGGUCGCCGCGAGCGUUGUUUAUUUCAACUUCUUCUUAUUCGCCGGGACAGAAGACAAUGACAAACUCUACUUCUUCGCUCCACCAUAUGAAUUGCAAAAGUAUCGUACUCGUAUAAAUGCAUUACAAAUUUCUUCAGCAUGAGAAAGAAAAUUUGUAAUGCAGAUUUGCCUUAAGACAAAGAUUUGUAAUGCAAGACUUGCAUUUAUACGAAUACGAUACUUUUGCACAGGAUACACCAGCUAACCCCGCAAUUUAAUAUCCAGGACUUCCUACCACGCGCUAUGGAAGUGUCAGGUUUGAAAUCGUGAAAGUUGAAAUAAUUUGUAAUGCAUAAAAUGCAUGACCUGAGGCACGUGUGUUGCAGAGCAGGCAAGUGAGGCCGAUUGUAAGCCUGUUUGGGGUUACAGCUCGAGCUGCUAAAGUAGCAUGAGAGAAUCGCUCUUCUUUGCCUAAACAGCAUGACAAAGUGGACUUAGGGACCACCGAAAUUUGUCUUGCCUGACUUGGAAACUGGGUCCCAACUGGCAUCCAUUUUAUGCAUGACAAAUUAUUUCAACUUUGUCGAUUUCAACUCUGACACAUCCAUACGCGCCCUCUGCAGCGUCCUGUGCCGAAAGGUCGUCUUCUUGAAGACCAAGGAAACUAGUACGAAAACUGGAAAAAUGAGGGCGUUGCCACCUGCUCGAGUGGUUGGUAACACCAGCGGCCAGGAGCAGAACAAGCUGCAUCAACGGGAAAUAUCAAACAGCCAGAAGCGGCACGGGGGGCAGAUUUCCACCGAUGAAGAUGCAAUUUUUCCCGACGACGCCCCACCCAGUGACUUUCUCGAGCAGGAGGAGGAGAUGACAAGAAGCAUGUUUAUAACCCAGGCAGACUUUCUUCGACGUAUCAACGCUAUCCGACACAAAAGUAAGUGCACCCAUACAACAAUCAGGAGAACAAAUUAUCUAUCAAUAGUGCAUGAAUAGUGCAUGUUGCUCAGUGUCAGUUCCAGUUGGCGUCGGAGAAUGCUCUGUGUGAACGCGGGCUACACAGCAACAAGAGCAGCAGUUUUUCGGCUAUUCCAUGUAGAUUACUGCAGUUCGUAAAAACGAUGAAGGGUAGAAGCUUGUUCGAACAAGAUUAGGGAGGUCGGAACCAUCAAAAACAAAACGUUUGUCAUGCUGGACAAGGAUCAAAGACAAAAAAUAAAAGACGAAGACCUGGCUCGUGCUGAUGCCACACGGAUCAAGGCCGCAACUUCUACACAUGUUUUUUAAGUACUAAAUUUGUUUCCGGCCCUAAAAUAGAAGUGGGCACUUUAUUCUUUUCAUCAGUAUAGACGCUUGGUGGGUGAACUUUUUCGGGCCCGCACUGUUCAAGUUCGAACCAGAAGAAGAACGGCAUCACGCAGCGGGCGGGGGCGGGAGCAAAUAUGCUGGUGCGUGGCAUCUCCUACACCAUCCCGGCCCAAUAUUUGACCAGCAGCGCGAAGCAAGGUUGGAAAGGAGGCUCCGCGAAGUAGUGCUCGGGCGGCUCCACGACGUAGCAGGAACAUCGGCGGGAACGAAUAUGGGAAUCGAAGGGGCUGCUCCUGCUCUCGGCGAUGCUCCUGUUCUUGACCCAGUUCUACUAGUAGGUCGAUGGGGCGGUGAAGGUGAUGACACUCUCAACGCCGAAACACUUUUCCUUGACGUCUUCUCUCGUCCGCAGUUGUCGGCAGGAAAGAAAACACGCGGAGGCCAGCUGCAAACGGGAAUGAGAACAUCAGCAACUUUGCUCGCCUAUGCAUUGCAAAAGUAUCGCACUCGUCAUACAUGACAAAUCUAUACUUUCCACCUGAUAUAGCAUGACAAAUUCCCUAUUUGUUCUUGAGGAAAAUAUAAUUUGUGAUGCAGUUAUUUAUACUAGUACGAUGCUUUUGCAAUGCAUAUCACCAGUCGUGACCACAUUGACGUGACGUCUCAAGUCCACGAGAGGUGCGGAUUUAUUUCCGCACCUGCGAGGCGAAGAACUUCUUCUUCAUCAUCCGCGCCGGCCCUGGACGUGCACGCGGUUGCGGCUAGAAUCAGGGCGAACAUCGCGAAGAAGCGGGGCUUCGGCGUGGAGGCAGAUUUCCCGACCGAGCAUCUCCACUACGCCUUGGAAUACACGAAGAAGUACCACACGGAGGCCCACUCCGUCGAGGAUCGGCUGGCUUUGCUCAACUCUGUGUUGGCUAUGAGAGUGCACAACCUGCUCCCCUCAUCCCGUCGUUUGUCAUGCAAAGUACCAAAUGCAUCCUUUGCCUCCUGGCACUUUUUGCAUGACAAGUUCUGGCUGCAGCUCAAACAGCAGUACAAAUGUGAGUGAAUGAAUUUGUUAUGCAAAACCUGCAUUCUUGCUGACGCUUGUAUUGCUAUUUGUGCCAUUCCAAAUGAGGUGGAGGGGGGGUUGUGCAGUAUCAUAUUGGCGCUGCUUGUCACAGAUGACGAGCGGGACGAUGAGGAAAAAGGUGGGGAGGUGUUGACCGAGGGGGGCUUGUUUAAUGAAAGUUCCUCUGCCCGCCGCCGUCGGAGCCUGGAUACGUACGCUCGAAAGCUACCGAACAAAGAGCCCUUCAAACAGGCAGACCAGCGGUCCUCCUCCUCGUCGUCGCGAGGUGCAGAUUAUCCCGCCGCCCAUGAUCUUUUCCACUCCCCAUUUCGUCUUCGUGACCUCCUGGAAACGUUGGAGAAACGUUUUUUGUUGGAAUUGCAGAUCGGAUGCGAAGACUUGCUGGAAGAAGUGUGACAGUGCGCAACUCCCCCUCCCCUCGUUUGUCAUGCAAAACCCCGAAUCCAGUCGCUGCCUUGUGGCACUGUUUGCGUGACAAGUUUUGGUAGUUCAAAUAGCACCACGCUCCAGUGUACAUUUGUCAUUCAAAACCGGCACUAUUGCUGAUGCUUGUAUUGCUGUUCAUGCUAUACAAAUGAGGGAGAAGGGGAGUUGUGCACUGUCAUAAGAAGUUGUGGCGUUUUACUGUCUGCAAUUCGUCAGAGUCGAGCUGCACGUUUUGGCUGUGUUGGAGAAAUGGUUGGCGCACGACGACGAUGAUGAAAAAAAAAGCCAAAUAAACGCUGGAAGAUAUGGGCACGAUACCACGGAAACUAUAUCGAGUACGACAAAUUCAUCUUCCGAAAAAAUGGACCCUGGCGAGGACAUCAACUCACCGUCCUUUGGCACAACAACCACCCCGAUUGCCUGGUACGCACUCCAAAUUUUGCGGGUGUGGUUGUUUCUUCUGGACUUCCAAUCCUGCAUCGCGGACGUCGAAGUGCCGUUGCAAGAAGUGGAUGCGGCUGGACAUAGCUCGCUCUUCUCGAACAUCAACCCCGAAGAGGAGAAGAACUCGCAGCGGGAAGAUGAUACAUCAGAGCAGACGCAACUACGUCAACUAUCCUACAACUUUCCAAAAGAACUCCAUGCUAGCAAAACUAUCCCGAACCCGCACGACUACGUGCAGUCGGGCCCGAGCAGGUGGUUUCGCGCGAUUGUGACGUGGGGCCUGGGAAGGCUGUCCUCUGUGAUGUCAGAGCACUUGAAAAAGUACCUACUGAAACGGCUAGAAGGUGGCGUGUCGGGGAAUAAGAACGCGACCAGUCAUGAAAGUGGCGCAUCAAGAACUACAGCUUCUUCAUCUGCUUCUUUCUCGUCUCUGCCUUCCAACAAAAACCCGCACCACCUGAAGAUGCCCGCGAUUUUUCAGAACGGCAGUCAACUUGACUGGAAGCUGAGCCAAAAAAUCAUCGGCGAGAAGUUAUUUCUUCUAGAGUCAUCAUCUACUAGCAAUCAUGUUAGUGCUACCUCUACUUCCCAAGACGGGCAGCGGUUGCUGGUCGGGGAAGGCGGUGUAGAGGAUACCAAACCGAGCAAGAACGACGCUUCCGCCAAGAACGCCAGAAGUGCCAAGGCCGCUGCUGGGACGCCGCUGCUUUUCUACAACGACAAGCAAAGCGCAGAAGGAGAAGGUGUAUUGCUAUCCUGUGCAAAAUUUUAUCGUACUUCUGCUCGUGGGAGUUGCAAUCAUGCUUGACAGAUGAAAUGAAUUUGUUCCAUCGUAGGCAAUUCCCCGUGCUGAGCGAAGUCGUGAACGCAAUUGCGGCUGGUUGUACGACGAUUAUACUUUUGCAAUGCAUAACCUGAAGACGACGACGAUUUUGACGAGGACAUCCGGUUGCCCAAUCCAAAGACACCAGUAUCCACAGUAAAUUUCCUGUACACGUAAAAAUGCGGUUUCUGCAUGGCAAAACUUGGCCUCGAUCCUGGUUUAGCAUGACAAGCUUCAAGCUCCAAAUUGGGGAAAUUUUUGAUGCAUCUUGUACAUGUGCGGGAAAUUUGUCUUGCAUAGCCAGGCUCUUACCAAUCCUACUUCGAUGUGAUGAAACAGGAAGGGAAAGGCGAAGACGGAGUAUCAACUGCAAAAAUGUCUGGGUCUGGAAGAUUCUGAGUUUUGUCAUGCAUAUUUUGAAUGAUCCAUGACGUCUGUGAUGCAUUCCCUAGCAUCGCAGAUAUUUACAGGACUUUGUGAGGCCUCUACCGCAUGAGAAAUGCCCUCUCCGCGUAGCACAAACUGGAGCCCUCUUGCUUGUCAUGCAAUACAAUUUUUUUUAGAAUCCAGAGACAGCAUUACAAGUUUAGAAUCUUCCAGACCCGGACACUUUUGCAACUCAUACGGGGAAGGCAGGAUCGAUCGCGGUCUGGAGUUGAGAAGCCGCGUCGAGAAGAAAUUUCUUCUCGACCUCCACCACGACGACGACCCGCGUGGAGUAGAAGAUGACAGUAGAAACAAUCGAUUCGGAGGAGCAGGAGUUGUUUCUCCUACUUCUUCUUCUGCAGCUAAAUCACGUGGGUUUGUGGAUGGCGUCGUCGUAGCCGGAGGAGGUGCAGCUAGAGCUACGAGAAGAUCUGGUGCGCCCGGCAAGAACGGGGGCACCAGCUUCUUGUUGACACAAGCCGACUUGCUUGGAUUACGAGAAGAUGCUGGACGAGGUGCCGAGCUGAUGUUUGGAGAUGUUGCAAAAAGUACAACAAGUAGUAGAACCAGUACGGAGCAGCUCCAAGUGCAUCAUCGCCACAAAAAAAGCAGCCUCGUCGAGGCGGCAAUAAAACCAACACCAACUACAGCAAGAACACCAGCAGGGGGAAAAAGCAAAAGCAGAGGCGCUGAGCCUGCAGUUGCUGAUGCGAAAAAUACGGAUGUAGUUCUUGACCAGUCUCAUGAACAACGAUCCACCAGGGAAGUGGUCAUAAACAAGCGGACCACCAGCCCUCUCCUCUGGAUGAACGACAAGAAUUUGUUUGCUAAGUCUGCUGGUGUUCCGCACCACGCAGAAGACCCUGCAACAAAAACUUCGUCAGGACGACCAGAUCGCGACCGUGCAGUUGUCACGCUAAAAACUACACGAGGACAUCAUAUUCGGGCAACAGAGGACCUCUACAGCGAGCAAACUGCGAUUGCAGGCCCUCGACUACGGGCAGGACAAGCGCCGGGUGAUCUAUCUGGUGAUGCUCGAGUGAUCGACUCAUUCCAAGCGGAGAAAAACAUGGACAGCGGAGUUUUUGCACUGGACCGGGAACCACACUAUCCUGUGAAAAAACGUCCCGCCGACACCAUAGUGAAGUUGGUAAAUCUCCAACACAAAUCUCUAAGUUUUGGGAGUUAUGCAUGACAAGUUUCCAUCUGUAGUAUAGUCGGGCUUGUCAAGGACAGCCGCAUCACAAAGACGCAUGCUCAUCCUGUUCACAGCAUUACAAAUCUCAUAAACAUCACUACAAAGUCCUCUCAUGCGGAUGCGCAUUGCAGAUGUUCCUGUAGAUGCAAAUCUGCAUGACAACUGUGGGGUGGGGACGUUUGUUUUACAUAGGAUACACACGAAAAAGCCCUCGAAGACUACGUGAUGAUCCCGGGGCGGCAUUUUGGCAAAGGCGUUCCAAUAUCCGGCGCAGCAAUUUAUGUGGCAUCGUACUCGUACUAGAAUCACAAUCAUGCAUCAUAAAAUUAUUUUUUCUUAAAGCUAAAUCAGCAUGGCAAACUCGUAAUGCUGAAGAAGUUUGUAUCGCAGUUUCUACUAGUAGUACGAUAGGACGACCACGCGUCUGCGGAUUCAUAUCCAAACGCCAUCGGGAACAAGACUCAGGCGCUCUUCAAGGACUUGAAUUUCGACUCGCAAACCAGCAAACUCGGGGUUAAUCGGGAAGACCUCUCGCACGAUGUGACAGUGCACAACUCCCCCUCGCCCGCAUUUGUGUAGCAUGAACGGCAAUACAAGCAUCAGCAAGAGUUUCGGUUCUGCAUGGCAAAUGUUAAUCUUUUGACACUGGAGUUGUGUAGUGCUAUUUGAGCUACCAGAGCUUGUCAUGCAAACAGAGCCAAGAGGCAGAGCCUGCAUUUGGGAUUUUGCAUGACAAAUGAGGGGGGGCGGGAUUUGUGCACUUUCAUACACGACAUCCGGAGGUUACUGGAGCCCCAUCCAGCAGAGUCGUUGGCGCAAGUCUAUCAAAUGUAAAAAUGUCUGGGUCUGGAAGAAUGCAACUUGUGAUGCUGAAUUUGGAUUCCAAAAAAAUCUGUAUUGCAUGAGCAGCAAAGGGAAUGUAAUUUUUGGUACGCGGAGAGGGCAUUUGUCAUGCGGAAUAGGCAUCGCGAAGCCCUCAAAAAAUCUGUGAUGCUAGGGCGUGCAUCACAGACAUUGCGGCCCAUGCAAAACAUGCAUGACAAGGCUCAGAAUCUUCCACACCCAGACAUUUUUACAUUUGAUAAAGCGAUAGGGAACACAACAAGGAAGGACAAGGAGCAUUUCUUGAGGGCGGGAAGUCCGUUUUCUUCUUCCGCGAUCUCCGAAAUGGUAACGAUUGACCAGCAAGGACCAGCACAACAAGACGACUCUGCUUCUCCGUCACGCACAGCCAGCUUGUUUGGCGACAUGACAAACAUCGGCAAAACAGCCACGCUCCUGAAAGCGAAACAGAAACUGACGCAGGAGAAGCGCAAGCAUCUUCUUUUCCUACCCCUGCGGCUCUUGCCGGAAGGAUUCCUGCGGGGGAUUUUUGGGGCGGAGGGGAAGAUUUUUCUGGAUCAUCUAGACCUGGAGAUGGACGAAGCUUAUCCACUGCAAAAGUAUCGUACUAGUAGAAGUUCAAAUCCUCGCAUUACAAAUUUGGUCAGCGUGAAAAAUGGAAUUUGUAAUGUUGCUGGUUAGCGUACAAAAAUAGAUCUGUCAUCCAUGACUGCAAUCACUACGAUUGCGGGACUUUUGCAAAAAUGCAUAGCCUUGGGGAGCUGACAACUCCUUCGAUCAGUCGCCACAAUAUCCACGCGAAGCGGGUCUUUGAAGACAUGUACUUCGCAACCCCGGUGCCGAGAAUUACCGGGUUUCUGGAAGACUUUGCGCAUCUUGCGGUGGAGAUGGUGGAGGGUGACACCAGCGACAGCCUUGUCGUGCACCUCCACGAGCCCGCUCUGGAGCAGCACGACCAGCAUCUUCACCAAAUAAAUUCCACAACGAAUUAUAGUACUAAAGCAAACUCCGCCAGCACUACCUCUCUCUCGAGAAUCCGCCCGACCAAGUUUUUGAACCAAGCACGGAGGUUCCGGAAACAGCAUUUGCAACCCGACAUACUGCGGAAUGUUUUGCUCACCGACAAGAUAGUUCCAAGAACGACAGCAGGUGGUGGAGGUGCACCAGCUCCACGAGGACGUAUUGGUGCAGCAGCAGCAUCCACCUCCGUUCUGAAUAACUCCGCGCAACAUCAAGUGCCAAAGCCGAAAGCUUCUUCGUCCUUCAGACCCGGCCACUGGCUGGAACAGAAGCCCCCGAAAACCUUCCCUGGCCCCGUUUAUCCAAGAAAAAUGAACUGUGCUAGUGUAACGCUCUUACUGGGCUGACAGCAAGAACAGCAUGACAAACUUGUUCUGUGAAAAGCGUAGCUAGCCUAUGUUUUAAAGUAACCACAUGUGAUGAAGAAAAGAGGAGUCUGGGGCAGGGGCUGUCUUGCACGAAAAGUGUCGUCGUCGUGUAGUUCUGUUCUGCAUUCAUUUCUGCCUCACAAACGCAAUUUUUUUUCUUGGAUACGAUCCCGGGGAUGAACGAAGAAAAAUUUGCGUUUUCGCGUUUGCAGGUGAAGUUGCUUGCGCACGCGGCGAAAUUGAGUGGUGACAAAGCGGCUUCAGGGUACAAGGCAGCCGCGGAGGAACUGAUGGAGAAGUAUUUUGCUGCCCACGGCUGGCAUACGCGAUUGGCGAGGGUAGAGGUGUAGGCGGGGAAGAAGAUUUUGCCAGCAGACUCUUGGCGCAUCACCGAUGCAAGAGCUCGGACGAAGAUCAGAUUCAAGAACAGAUGUUGUUCAAGCUUUGUAUGAUUCAGCUGCGCGGCUUGAUGUUCGACGAAAAAAAUAUUUUUCCUGUUUCGAUGAAGGACUAGAAUCUACGUGAUGCCGAUCAUACCGUUACCGUGCGUGCAAGAAACGGCGACAGCACUUCUCUUUCAAAAUGUUACGCCUUCCAUGUUCCCCGACUUGUUCUGCCUGUUUCGC